UCACGUCACGUCAUUGAAAAAAGUAAUUCAUAUUUUAAAACAAAAACCAAAUUAAAAUACGUAAAGAAAGCAAAAUGGUUGGUAGUCGACAUUUGCGAAGAUUAGUUAAGAAAGAAAGGGAUGAGAUAGCUAGAAAAUUUGAACUUAUUGAACGCCAAGGAGUAGAAAAGGAAAUUCAGAGAGAAGUAGCAGAGCAACCUGUGCCAGAAGAACAGCCAAUAUCGCAUUCGGCAGAGCAACGUAUGAUGGCUGCAUUUUCUAGAUUAGAAAAAAAACUUGAUGUGCUAUCACAAACAUUGGCGGAGGCGGUGGCUCUGCUCAAACUUCAGAUUAAAAAAGAGCCAGAUCUAUCACCCAAUGCCAUGGAGUUGGAGCAUUUCACUCAAAAAUUUUAA